GCGGCGUGCAAAGAGCCGUCGGAGACGUGAGGCUUUAUAAAUCGCGAGGAUGCACGUCGAAGCAGUGACACCUCGGCCGACGACGGUGAAAAACGCGCGGCCGCGAUCGACCAGGAGUGGCGAGCGCAUUUUUCACACUUGAGCAUCGUGAGUAUCGUACUUGUGGAACGCGAUUAAAAACGCGGCGCAAAAGUUUCCCAACAAAUGACAUCGGAAAGUUUUCCACUGAUGCGAUCAACGAUCGCUCGCCUUGAUACUUCUCUCGCGGAAAGAUGGUAAAAGAUUCCUCCCUUCUCCGAGGGAGGGAUUGAAAUCUCGACUUCGUACGAAGGGUAGUCUGAUCGCGAUUAAUUUACCGGGCUUUCCCAAGUUUCCUCCUUGUUUUACCGACCUCGAUCCGGCCGGUUUUGAACGAACCAAAGUAUUUGAAGUAACCAAUCUCCCAAGGUUUCUGGAAACAUCAAGAAACGAUAUCGACACCUCCCGGCGAGAACAAACAUUUCGCUUGCCAUAUUGCCGCACUUUAACGGCGCGGAGGUCGAUCGUUCGGGACCAUUCAAUCGGUUAACUUCUCCGGAAACAGAUCGACCGGAACUCACCGCCCCGAGGAAGAUUGCGAGAUUCUUCGACGCGCGACUGGUCGACGCGCUUCCAGCUGCAGUAGCAUCGAUCGUUGCAAAUUGGAUUGCCGCUAAGACUGAGGCGGCGGUGGGACCACCUUGGAAUCGAGCAGACUUGUUCAGUGCCGCCGGUAUCAGCGCGAAAUUUCCAGAGAGUGAAUUUCGGAGUUUCGGAGGCACAUCGCAGCUUAAUUCGCCACGGGAAAGGCGCACGUCUAACACCUGGGAUGUGCCGUAAACGAGCGUGACCGAGAGAAAGAAAGGGUACGCGAACUGCACGUUUGCGGUCCACGGAUGAGACUUGUUAGCGGCGGGCUUGUUAUAGCGAGAGUCAAUUAGCGGUGAUCUUUGACAAGCAGAAGGAUGCAACCACGGGUGACAGUGGCUCUGGCCACGGUCUGGCUGAUGGUGGCGGUUCUGGUAGGAGGAGCAGUCGCCCUCCGCCUCUCUCACGAUCAAUACUCCCCCGCGUCUCCGCGCCGACACGCUAGGGUUCAACGGGACCACACUGGAGACUGGAGGGAUCACGAUUCGGCCGAGGAUCAACCACUCGACCUUUGGAUCGGCCCGCGAAGGUCGAUCUCCACGGAGGAAGCGGCAGCUCAAUCUCACAAUGCGAAGUUUACCGAGCGAGAUUUUCCGCUUGAAGAUAUCUUGAAGGACAAUGUCUCGUCAAAGCGAAUCUACCCCUUUUCAGGCUGGCAGAGGCGGUUGCCGAAUAUCGUCGACGCGGAAUUCGCGGCCGACAAAGUCGAUUACGGCUACGAGAUGCCGGAAACGCUUUCGCGCGAAGCGGUGGUAUCUCCUUCAGACCUUUUGGACGACCCCUUUGUGGCGGACGACACGUUCCAGGAUCAAGGCCCAGGGUCGAUGGAAAUAUACAAGCUAGAUCUAUCCAAAGAGAAGACUCUACUGACCGCAACCACGCCCUCAACAAAUUUACUGUCGAGAAAUAAGAGCAAGGCUCCGAAAAAGACGGGCCAUCUGAAUUCAAAGACAAAAACAACAGAAAUCAAGUCAACAACGACAAGUGAGAACAUUAAUCACAGGCAAUCGAACUUUUUCGAAGAACAACGAACCAAGACUCCUUUGGUCAACAGAGACGCCUUCGGUGUCGGCGGCGUGCCGGAGCUACAGGUUGGAUGCGAGGGUCUCGAAGCGUCGUCGUCGUCCCACAAGACGAAAAGAUCGAUAGAUACGCCCGACAAGGAGAAGGGCGAGGUGCCAGCGUCCGUGUUGCCGGACAUUACGCCGGUAUCCUUGGACUACAUUGUUUCAUACGAUGACGACGAAGAAGAGUAUGAAGAGAUGGACGAGUUGUUGAGACUCAGAAAACUGGAGAAGGAAAUGAACAAGCCGCUCAGGGGAGAUAUAAGUAUCAGUCAUCUUAAUUUCGACAAUCUGAACGAGUUUAGAGAACCGGAGAAGUUACCAGAACGAGGGGAUUUGGGUAGAUCCAACUCAAUGAAUUCUAGCGGAUUCAUAACUGGCCAUGAGAAGAAAUCGAACACACGAUCUCUGGCGGAUCUCGAAAUUGAGAACUACGAGAAGACCAAACCGAAGCGAGAAGCCGCUUCAUUGGACGAUGAUGGCGCUAGCAGGAGUCACGGUCGACGGUUGCUGUGGUUUGCCGAAGCAAAUACUGAGGGAUUUGCGGAUGGCAAAAGCGAGCGGAAGCGCAAGAGACGGUCGAUCGAUUGGGGCUUCGGCGAGGAUGAAGGUGUCGUGUCCAGCGACGAGUUGCAGACCGUGACUGAACGUCGCAGACAGCACGAGAUGCGAUACCAUCAAGACACAUCGAGGAGACGUGAUCAGCAUCAUGGAAUGAAUAUUGACAUCGGUAGUAUGAGACCAGUGUACCAGAAAAUACACGAAGAGAAUUUGCGACGGAUGCAACAGGCUAAUCGAAGGCUGUUGAAUAGGGAGGAGGAAGAGCAAAGGAUAAAAGAUGAGAUGCGGAGGAGACUAGACGAGGAGUAUCGUAAGAGGCUGAAUAACACUUCAACACCUCGCAUGGACAACGAAGAAACACGACGACAGAUGGAAGAACGACAAAGGCAGGAAGCAGCGCGUAAUCGAAUGCAGGAGAUGGCCAGAAGAAAUGAGGAGCUAAGAAGGAGAGAGGAAGAACAAAAACGAUUGCAAGAAGAAGAAAUGAGAAGAAGAUCGCAGAGCAAAUGGCAGGAAGAAAACUUAAAACAAUCAGGCUCUAGAAGCUCUGUAAGUGACGAAGAAAGAAAACGAAGAUUUCAGAAUGAAGAAAUGAGAAGACGGGAGGAAGAACGGCAAAGACGAUUAGAAGAAGAAGGAAGAAGACAGGAACAGUAUAAAUCGCAGCAAGAAGCGCAAAGAAGAAAGGAAGAAGAGGAGAGAAGGCGGUCACAAGAUCCAAUGAGAAAUCUUUCCGAAAAUGAUAGAAGAAGACUAGAAGACCGUCGUAGAGAAUGGUUAGAGAAGAGGAGGCAAGAGGAGGAAGAUGAGAGAAGGCGACAGCAGCCGCCAUCGAAUUUAAUGCGCGCGGAACAUCCAGUCAGUCAUCCGAACGAUAUCAGACAGCGUGAUCAAGACGAAAAAAGGCGACAAGAAGAAGAAAGACAGCGGGAACAGAAACUACGAGAAUAUAUCGCGCGGAAUCGACCUAUCAACGUCAAUCAUUCCGAUCGAAGAUCGGAAGAAGAGAGACGGCGCUAUAGACCCGAGGAUCCGCGGAUGAAUGUGAGUAGAACCGACGAAGAGUACCGCCGACGAGUGGAGGAGCAGCGUAGAAGACAGGAAGAGGAGAGACGGCGCUAUAGACCCGAGGAGCACAGAGAUUCGCGAAUAAAUGUGAGAACGGACGAAGAAUACCGCCGACGAGAGGAGGAACAGCGUAGAAGACAGGAAGAGGAGAGACGGCGCUACAGACCCGAGGAGCACAGAGAUCCGCGGUUAAAUGUGAGAACGGAUGAAGAGUACCGCCGACGAGAGGAGAAGCAGCGUAGAAAACAAGAGGAAGAGAGAAAACUACAGGAUUACAUCAGGAGGAACCAACCGGUGAAUGUGCCAUCGGGAGAUAAUCAAUCGACCGCGGCCGGUCGUAACUGGUUCGAGGAGCGGAGACUGAUUGAGGAAGCCAGGCGUCGCGACAGAUAUCCUGAUCCAGGAGCGAAGAGAGACCACGGACCGUCGGCGCCUACGUAUAUCGAUCCGCGAAGCUCACCGGAGGAAGUCAGACGAAGGCAGCAAGAGACGGCGAGAAGGUUGGAGGAGGAGAGGCGGCAGCGGCAUGAGGCGGAAGAGCGACGGAAGGAGCUCGCCAGGCGACAGUGGGAGGCAGAAGAGAGACGGUUACGGGAGGAACGAAUGCGGCGAGAAGAGGAGGCGAGAAAGGCGCAAUCCAGGAGGUACGAGGAGGAUAGGAAGCGGCUGGAGGUAGCAAAGAUACAAGCCGAGAGAAGGAGGCAAGAGAUGCUAAGGGAACGAUCUAGGAACGAAGCUGGAUGGACGAAACAGCCAGAAACUAGAGGGCCGGUCUACUAUCAGGAUCCUCGUCUUUUGGCGGAGCACAGAAGACGGCAGGAUAGCCGGCCGAUUCCGAGUAAUUUGAUGCGAGCCGAGGAGGAGGCUAGACGGGCAGCGGCAGAGCGCGAGAGGCAAAGAUUGGAAGCCGAGAGACAACAGGAAGAAAGCAGAAUGAGGGAGCAUAGACAGAAGGACACCGACCAGUGGAGACGACAAGAACUAGCCAGACUAAACUCUCUGCCGGUGAACGCAAGGAUAAUAGUCCGUCCUGGCGGCUCCUCGCCGACAUCGCCCGUGUUAUCGAGGGCCGGCUUCGAGAACGAGAUCGAUUUCACGGGAAUCAAUCCGCAUCGCGAUGGCGUACAAGUGCAACAGUUUCCUGUCCCCCCGACUCUGAGACCACCCGCCCAGUCUCCCAGCGCGUGUGUUUGGGCAGUUGUUCACUGUUGUUCAUCCAACAACAAUCGCCUCGUGAAGUGUUUUGAAUCAUUGGGUUGCCCCGGAAUUAAUUGGGAUCCUGACCCAUGCAGAGGUUCUAUCGCGGACGCUGCCCGAACGGAAGUCCUGAAGUUCUAUAAAAGCGCGUAAAACUAAUAACAUCGAUAAGAUUCAGCCUUUACUUUUCGAGAGACGAAUAUCAAACAGACAGAAAAAAAAAGUAAAAAAAGUUUUCUUCAACAUUGAAAUAUCUCUCUCUUUCUAACGAAAAGUUUCGAGUUACUGUACUUCAAAUCAAUUUGUGCAUGUGUGACUUCUACUGGCUCUGUACAAAUAUUUGUGUCGCUGGAUAGAAGAGCUCAGUAAGUAGACUUAGAUAUUUGUAGAACGGAAAACUCUGAUAUUUUUACUUGUCGCGAUAUCAAUAAUAGUUUUAAUAAUCCGAUAUUAAGUAAGAAAUUAUCAUGAAAUUAUCAUGAAUAAAUAUUUCAGCCUUAUAGAAAUUCAUUCUUUUUACGAUAAAAACUCAA